AUGGCUAAAAAGGCCAAGAGCGCCAAGAUAGCUGGAGAGGCGCUUCCUCAACUGAGGACAAGCCUAUAUACAAGUCCACCUGUUACCUUAUAUUUUGGUCCUACUCAUCAGAUAUACUAUCUCCCAGAGGUUCUGCUGCAAAGAUUGAAGAAUAUCCCGAGUCGUGAUCCAUGGACACACGAGAUUCACCUCGUAGAUGUUGACGCAAGCAUUGGUCACGUCUUGAUCCACUUUCUGCACACGGGUGUCUAUCAGACACUCAACGACGAAGAUGUUGAAGAUGCCGACAACAAACACAAAAGUCUCGUCCGAAAUGAGUGUCAGACAGCUUUGCUUGCUGUAGAAGCUGCUAAGAAGUGCAGCGUGCCUGGCCUUCAGGACCUAGCAAAAGUCGAGCUGGAGCGACGAGGCAACGAGAUGAGUUUACGUGACGCCGUGCGCGCCAUUCGAGAAGAGUUUGUUGCAGGGCCUUCCGACGAGCAUGCGUGGCUCCGAGACUUCGUGUCGAGAAAAGUUCGAUGGACCUUUGAACGAGACCAGCCCAUGUUCUCGGCACCAGACUUCUUCGAAAACAUUGAAAGCCCUACGCUGACGCAGCUUUUGGCUCAAGCCAUCGUUGGUCUGUACAGCGAGGAAGUAGAAAAGUUGCGAAAAGGAAAGGCGGCGACUAACAAAAUGCCAACUCCCGAACAUAGUGAGCCUCUAGGCAUCUAUCUGCCUCAUCUACCAAGAUUGCCUCCCAAGGGCAUUGCGGCAACUUCCAUUGCAUGUCUGGCGUCUGUGGAGAAAUUUGAGGCUUUUGAUGACUCGGCGGCUGCGUGGGAUCCUUGUAAUCUGGACCAGGGCCCCAGGUGA